AUGGCACAGUCAGGUCCAAGUCACGCUCUCAAGACCUCUCUUCCUGAGACAUAUGCCGCCGUCAAUGCCCAGCAACCCCCACCUUCAUACAAAUACCCUACACAAGAAGAGCAAGACAAAUACCUAGAAGGUAGGCCCGGUGCAACCCAGCAGCACCUCGAAGUCGCUCUGGAACACGCGCAGCAGAUCCAAACCCAGAAAGACGCCGAAGAUGUCAUCCUAAACCGCAUCCUUGAGCUCCUUGAACUUCCCUCUUCCCCGACAGCCGACCCUGCCGCCCCCUCCCAAGAAGAUACCAUAAAAUUCAAAUACGCGCUAGCUCCAUUCCGGCCCAGCGACUACGACAAUUUAAUCCUGGAGCGGAACUUCGAAGACUCGUGCGGUAUCGCAAGCAAGACAGAGGCCCAGGAGGCGGGUUUCAAUUUAAAUACGGCCCCAAAGGAAGCGGACCAGGGGGGGCGCGGACGCAGUGUCGAUAUCGUUUCCGAGGAUCGCGUCGAAAAGUGGUGCUCAGAUGCAUGCGCAGAGCGUGCUCUUUGGAUCCGCGUGCAGCUUUCCGAGAAGCCUGUAUGGGAACGACGGGCAGGUGAUACGCGGGGCACGGCUAUUCUACUGCUUGAAGAAGCCCGCGCUAAACGCUUGAAGGCCCCGGCGCCUACUAGCAGUGUAUCCUCCGUUGUGGAUGAUUUGCAGAGUAUGGGGCUUGGGAACCGCGAUCGGUCUCGAGAACUUGCCAUGGAACGCGGUGAUACCAGCACGAUUCGUCCGGAUGGACGUGUCAACGUCAAUAUCAGAGAGAAUCAACGUAGUUCUCACCAGGCUCCUGGCGCUCCACAAAUGCGCCCCGAGGACGCAAGUGGCGGUGCCAUUGAAGGAUACGUGCCCAGGGAGCAACAAAGGAUGGACCAAGAUGGAGACAUAGAUUUGCUCGAUCAGAUCUGA